UUCCAGCCUCUCCCACCCCAUCCCUCGUUACUCUCUGAAGAGGAUUCCAGAUCCUCUAUAGAUUCCCGUCCUCUCUCAGGUGGGGGUCCGAGGUCUAGCUAGUUUGGGGGUCAGUCCUGGCCUCUCUCUCCCACCACGCCCCUCACUCCCCUGGACACCUCCUAGUGUGUGGGGCUCGGAUCCCCUCCUAAUCCACUGCCCCUGUCUGGCUCCUACUCUCAGGAGAGGAUUCUAGAUCCCAGGGGGGUUCCGAAAAUGCCGCCAGCCUGGAAGGGGGGAAUCAAUGGACCGUGGGGUUGUGGGGUUGGGGAGCACGAAAAACCAGAGAGGGGCUAGAGCUCCACCUCCCCAGACCGCCGAGGGGGCGAGAGGGCAGGCCGGGGGCCUUGGUUGCCAUGGCUCCUGGUAGCGGAGCCCGGGGAGCUAAAGAUGCCAGUCACGGAUGGUCCCUUCUUCCUCUUUGUGCCUCUCUUUUUCUCUUGCUUUUUUUUUUUUUUUUUUUUUUUUGAGUGUGAGUGUGCGUGGGGAGGCAGCACGGAGAAAGUGAUUAAUUUGGAGAGCAGCGAUUGGAGCCGGGAGGCUGGGGAAAGCCAGCCCCUCCGUUCCCACUCUCCGGGCUCGCUGCGAGCCACAGUUUCUCAGCCAGGGACAGGGCUGGGGAAUUCCUGCGAAAAACCACAGGCCGGAGGAGCAGCAGCCGCGCGGGCCCAGAGUGCUGCUAAUUCCAUCCACUGAUCCCUUCUAAGGCCUGAUUUUCAGUCCUAGGAGCUCAGGUGCUGUAGACUGCAAAUCAUAAUCCUGUCUCAAUACUGCAAACAAAUCAUAGUGGAACUAAGGGGAACUUAAUUUACCGCUUCCAGGUUAACUAAGGUCUCAGCUUUAAACCAAAAGUGAGAGGAGACGUUAAGAUUUUCAUUCUUACUGGGUUGUCUUCUUCCUGAAGGGCAAUGGAGCCACUUUUACCUGGAAGAGGAUUAAUCGUAUCUCUAAUUUUCUUCCUGUUAAAAUUCUCAACAGCAAUUGAAAUACCACCUUCAGUUCAACAGGUUCCAACAAUCAUAAAACAGUCAAAAGUCCAAGUUGCCUUUCCCUUCGAUGAGUAUUUUCAAAUUGAAUGUGAAGCUAAAGGAAAUCCAGAACCAACAUUUACGUGGACUAAGGAUGGCAACCCUUUUUAUUUCACUGACCAUCGAAUAAUUACAUCUAACGAUUCAGGAACAUUCAGGAUCCCAAAUGAGGGGCACAUAUCUCACUUUCAAGGGAAAUACCGCUGCUUUGCUUCAAAUAAACUGGGAAUCGCUAUGUCAGAAGAAAUAGAAUUUAUAGUUCCAAGUGUUCCAAAAUUCCCAAAAGAAAAAAUUGACCCUCUUGAAGUGGAGGAGGGAGAUCCAAUUGUCCUCCCAUGCAAUCCUCCCAAAGGCCUCCCACCUUUACACAUUUAUUGGAUGAAUAUUGAAUUAGAACACAUCGAACAAGAUGAAAGAGUAUACAUGAGCCAAAAGGGAGAUCUAUACUUCGCAAACGUGGAAGAAAAAGACAGCCGCAAUGAUUACUGUUGCUUUGCUGCAUUUCCAAGAUUAAGGACUAUUGUACAGAAAAUGCCAAUGAAACUAACAGUUAACAGUUUAAAGCAUGCUAAUGACUCAAGUUCAUCCACAGAAAUUGGUUCCAAGGCAAAUUCCAUCAAGCAAAGAAAACCCAAACUGCUCUUGCCUCCCACUGAGAGUGGCAGUGAGUCUUCAAUUACCAUCCUCAAAGGGGAAACCUUGCUGCUUGAGUGUUUUGCUGAAGGCUUGCCAACGCCACAGGUUGAUUGGAACAAAAUUGGUGGUGACUUACCAAAGGGGAGAGAAACAAAAGAAAAUUAUGGCAAGACUUUGAAGAUAGAGAAUGUCUCCUACCAGGAUAAAGGAAAUUAUCGCUGCACAGCCAGCAAUUUCUUGGGAACAGCCACUCAUGAUUUUCAUGUUAUAGUAGAAGAGCCUCCUCGCUGGACAAAGAAGCCUCAGAGUGCUGUGUAUAGCACCGGAAGCAAUGGCAUCUUGUUAUGUGAGGCUGAAGGAGAACCUCAACCAACAAUCAAGUGGAGAGUCAAUGGCUCCCCAAUUGACAAUCAUCCAUUUGCUGGUGAUGUUGUCUUCCCCAGGGAAAUCAGUUUUACCAACCUUCAACCAAAUCAUACUGCUGUGUACCAGUGUGAAGCCUCAAAUGUCCAUGGAACUAUCCUUGCCAAUGCCAAUAUUGAUGUUGUGGAUGUCCGUCCAUUGAUACAAACCAAAGAUGGAGAAAAUUAUGCUACAGUGGUUGGGUACAAUGCUUUCUUACAUUGCGAGUUCUUUGCUUCACCUGAGGCAGUCGUGUCCUGGCAGAAGGUGGAAGAAGUGAAACCACUGGAGGGCAGGCAGUAUCAUAUCUAUGAAAAUGGCACAUUGCAGAUCAACAGAACCACCGAAGAUGAUGCUGGGUCAUACUCAUGUUGGGUAGAAAAUGCUAUAGGAAAAACUGCAGUCACAGCCAAUUUGGAUAUUAGAAAUGCUACAAAACUUAGAGUUUCUCCUAAGAAUCCUCGUAUCCCCAAAUUGCAUAUGCUUGAAUUACAUUGUGAAAGCAAAUGUGACUCACAUUUGAAACACAGUUUGAAAUUGUCCUGGAGUAAAGAUGGAGAAGCCUUUGAAAUUAAUGGCACAGAAGAUGGCAGGAUAAUUAUUGAUGGAGCUAAUUUGACCAUAUCUAAUGUAACUUUAGAGGACCAAGGUAUUUACUGCUGUUCAGCUCAUACUGCUCUAGACAGUGCUGCCGAUAUAACUCAAGUAACUGUUCUUGAUGUUCCGGAUCCACCAGAAAACCUUCACUUGUCUGAAAGACAGAACAGGAGUGUUCGGCUGACCUGGGAAGCUGGAGCUGACCACAAUAGCAAUAUUAGCGAGUAUAUUGUUGAAUUUGAAGGAAACAAAGAAGAGCCUGGAAGGUGGGAGGAACUGACCAGAGUCCAAGGAAAGAAAACCACAGUUAUCUUACCUUUGGCUCCAUUUGUGAGAUACCAGUUCAGGGUCAUAGCCGUGAAUGAAGUAGGGAGAAGUCAACCUAGCCAGCCAUCAGACCAUCAUGAAACACCACCAGCAGCUCCAGAUAGGAAUCCACAAAACAUAAGGGUUCAAGCCUCUCAACCCAAGGAAAUGAUUAUAAAGUGGGAGCCUUUGAAAUCCAUGGAGCAGAAUGGACCAGGCCUAGAGUACAGAGUGACCUGGAAGCCACAGGGAGCCCCAGUGGAGUGGGAAGAAGAAACAGUCACAAACCACACAUUGCGGGUGAUGACGCCUGCUGUCUAUGCCCCUUAUGAUGUCAAGGUCCAGGCUAUCAAUCAACUAGGAUCUGGGCCUGAGCCUCAGUCAGUGACUCUCUAUUCUGGAGAAGACUAUCCUGAUACAGCUCCAGUGAUCCAUGGGGUGGACGUUAUAAACAGUACAUUAGUUAAAGUUACCUGGUCAACAAUUCCAAAGGACAGAGUACAUGGACGUCUGAAAGGCUAUCAGAUAAAUUGGUGGAAAACAAAAAGUCUGUUGGAUGGAAGAACACAUCCCAAAGAAGUGAACAUUCUAAGAUUUUCCGGACAAAGAAACUCUGGAAUGGUUCCUUCCUUAGAUGCCUUUAGUGAAUUUCAUUUAACAGUCUUAGCCUAUAACUCUAAAGGAGCUGGUCCUGAAAGUGAGCCUUAUGUAUUUCAAACACCAGAAGGAGUACCUGAACGGCCAACUUUUCUCAAGGUCAUCAAAGUCGAUAAAGACACUGCCACUUUAUCUUGGGGACUACCUAAGAAAUUAAAUGGAAACUUAACUGGCUAUCUUUUGCAAUAUCAGAUAAUAAAUGACACCUACGAGAUUGGAGAAUUAAAUGAUAUUAACAUUACAACUCCAUCAAAGCCCAGCUGGCACCUCUCAAACCUCAGUGCAACUACCAAGUACAAAUUCUACUUGAGGGCUUGCACUUCACAGGGCUGUGGAAAACCGAUCACGGAGGAAAGCUCCACCUUAGGAGAAGGGAGUAAAGGUAUCGGGAAGAUAUCAGAAGGAGUAAAUCUUACUCAAAAGACUCACCCAAUAGAGGUAUUUGAGCCGGGAGCUGAACAUAUAGUUCGCCUAAUGACUAAGAAUUGGGGUGAUAACGAUAGCAUUUUUCAAGAUGUAAUUGAGACAAGAGGGAGAGAAUAUGCUGGUUUAUAUGAUGACAUCUCCACUCAAGGCUGGUUUAUUGGACUGAUGUGUGCGAUUGCUCUUCUCACGCUAGUAUUGUUAACUGUUUGCUUUGUGAAGAGAAAUAGAGGUGGAAAGUACUCAGUUAAAGAAAAGGAAGAUUUGCAUCCAGACCCAGAAAUUCAGUCAGUAAAAGAUGAAACCUUUGGUGAAUACAGUGACAGUGAUGAAAAACCUCUCAAAGGAAGCCUUCGGUCCCUUAAUAGGGAUAUGCAGCCUACUGAAAGUGCUGACAGCUUAGUCGAUUAUGGAGAGGGAGACCAUGGUCUAUUCAAUGAAGAUGGAUCAUUUAUUGGUGCCUACGCUGGAUCUAAGGAGAAGGGAUCAGUUGAAAGCAAUGGAAGUUCUACAGCAACUUUUCCCCUUCGGGCAUAAACACAACAUAUGUAAGCAACACUACUGGUUCACCCCAACCUUCCAUAUUUAUCUGUUCAAGGGAGCAAGAACUUUCAUAUAGGAAUAGAAACAUGCUGGCUGAAGAUUUCAUCCAGAAGUCAACAUCCUGCAGUUAUGUUGAAAAAAGUAGCACUGCCUUCAAAAUAUAAAAUGCCAAGCACUUCAGGCCUAUGUUUUGCUUUUAUUGUUUUCAGGUGCUCAAAAUGCAAAACACAAAACAAAUCCUGCAUUUAGAUACACCUCAACUAAAUCCAAAGUCCCCAUUCAGUAUAUUCCAUAUUUGCCUGAUUUUACUAUUCAGUGUGCUUGCAUAGAUGUUGCUACUUUGUGGGUUUCUCUUGGUAUGCACAUUGGUAUACAGUCCCUUUGAACUGGCUUGGUGACUUUGCUUCACUACAGGUUAAAAGACCAUAAGCAAACUGGUUAUUUAAGACGUAAAAAGGAAUAUGAAUGUCUUAUUAAAACACUUCAUUGAAAAUCUACAGUCUAAAUUUAUUAUUUAAAUUUUAGUAGCAAAAGUCUUAGGUGAACAAUCAACUAGUAUUUAUUGAGCUCCUAUUUGUCCAGAGAUGGUCAUAUUUAAACAGAAGUAUAUGUUUUUCAGUUUCAACAUGAAUUUUUUUACUUCUGUCAGUUAUGAUAUCCACGAGCAUCACUUUUUGUGUCUGUGUUUUUUUUUUUCUCUUGGACUAAAUUCAGCUGCAUGGAAGCGGUGUUCAGAAGGUUGUUUUAUACAAGAACAGGCAGAAAGUGCCCAUUGUUCAGGAUUCUAAUAGCUACAUCUACUUAAUAUCUUCAUUUCUAAAUUGGCUGCUUUUACCUUUUUCCUAUGUUUAUAUAAUGGUAUGCUUGCAUAUAUUUCAUGAAUACAUUGUACAUAUUAUGUUAAUAUUUACACAAUUUAAAAUAUAGAUGUGUUUUAUUUUGAAGUGAGAAAAUGAACGUUAACAGGCAUGUUUGUACAGCUAGAAUAUAUUAGUAAGAUACUGUUUUUCAUCAUUCCAGAGCUACAACUAAUAACACGAGGUUCCAAAGCUGAAGACGUUGUAUAAAGCAUUUGGAUUUUGUUCUUAUAUUGCUUUCUUUCAACAGUUUCAAAAUAAAACAUCAUAUAAAUAUUGAGGGAAAUGUUUUCAUACUUUUCAAAAUAGGUUUUUAUUGUUGAAUGUACAUCUACCCCUGCCCCUCAAAAGAAAAACUGUUUACAUAGAAAUUCCUACAUGUACGUUUGUGUAUAUGGUAUUUUAAACAUCUUUGUGGUGAGAAUUUUUUUCCCUAUAUUCUCCUUCUGUCAAAGUCAGUACAAAUUCAGGGAAUUUAUUUUCUGGCAGUUGUGCUCCAGUCCUUUUAAAAUUGUACAUGAACCUGUUUUAAAAACAACGUGGAGGAUGAUGCAUACAUGUCAGUCAAGUUCAGCGCUCGACAUUUUAUGGAAAGAUUUUUUUAACCUUACCAUGAAAUGCUUAACUACUCUUUUAGUGAAAUUGACUUAUUUUACUUUAGUUUUUGAACUGUGAUUAUUGGUAUACUGUUAUAUCCUCAACUUGGAUUUAUGAUAACCCUUUAUAUUUCAUGGAGACCAAAAUUUGGGGUAUUUAUAAUAGUCAGCACAGGAAUGCACAUGGAAUAUCUACUUGUCUUUUUGAACCUCACGUGUCCUUCAAAAUGUAUAGACAGGAAAAGCACGACUUAUUUAAAACUGUAGUUUAUGGGCUCAGGAUUUGAUCACAGUCCUGGGAGUAAGCAUUUCAAUGGGGGAAGGCAGUGUGGUCUCUACCCUGUGUGAAUGUGAGGAUGUAGACAUCCAUCCGUGCAACUCGAGUUCCAUCCUCAUCUGAUUUCUAAGGUUCCAAUGUUCUGGAGGAACAGUCAUCAUGUUUUGAUUUAUCUGGGAGAAAAUUGUGGUGCACAGCUACCGAGGAGGGCAAGGUUGUGACGUUCACGUUUAGUUCUGGUACUAUUCUGUCUCCUCUUCUUUGUCAUCAGCCCAAACCUGGUUUUUAAAGAGAGUGAUGCAGGUUAGAAAUAAUGUCAAAAAUAUUUGGGAAUUUAAUACCUUUAAGUCAGAAACUAAAGCAAAUACUGAAAUAUUAGCUCUUCCUACACUUCGUGUUCCCUUUUAGCUGCCUGAAAAUCAAGAUUGUUCCUACUCAGAUCUUCUGAGUGACUAAAACUUACGGAUAUGAAUAAUGAGGUUGAAUGAUGACUAUGUUUUGCUAUCAUUGUUACCUUUCCUCAAUACUGUUUGGCUACUACUGGGACUCUUCAGCACAAAAGGAACAGAUCUAUGAUUGACCCUGAUUUUAAUUGUGAAAUUAUAUGAUUCAUAUAUUUUAUGAAUCAGAAUAACUUUCAGAUAAAAUAAAUCCAAGUAGGUUAAAAUGGAUUUCAUGACUUUCCCUCAGAAAAUGAGUAACGGAGUCCACGAUGUGCAAUGGUAAUUAUACAUUGGUGAUGCUUGUUUGCAAAAUGCCCACUAGUGAUAAGGCAACAGCCAAUAUUUAGAACUUUGUUCGUUACUGGCUUUACACUAACUUUCUCUAGUCUACUGUCAAUAUUAUUUUAAUGUAAUUGAUUGUAUAUAGUCUCAAGAAUGGUUGGUGGGCAUGAGUUCAUAGAGAACUGUGCAAGGGUUGGGAAAAUCCAAAUUCUCUUCCUGGUUCCAGCACUGAUUUUGUACAUAAACAUUAGGCAGGUUGCUUAACCUUUUUAUUUCAAACUCUCUCAACUCGAAAGUGCUAAUAAUAAUCUCAGUUACCUUAUCUUUGUCACAGGGUGUUCUUUUUUAUGAAGAAAAAUUUGAAAAUCAUAAAAGCUAAGAUGCCUUCUCACUUCAUAAGCAAACCUUUAACUAAUUAUGUAUCUAAAAGUCACCCCCACAUACCAACUCAAGUUUUUUCCUGUGAACACAUAAAUAUAUUUUUAUAGAAAAACAAAUCUACAUAAAAUAAAUCUACUGUUUAGUGAGCAGUUUGAUUUGUACAUGCCAUUGAAAAUUAUUAAUCAGAAGAAAAUUAAGCAGGGUCUUUGCUAUAUGAAAGUGUUUUCCACUAAUUUUGCGUGCGUAUUUAUAAGAAAAAUGUGAAUUUGGUGGUUUUAUUCUAUCGGUAUAAAGGCAUCGAUAUUUUAGAUGCACCCAUGUUUGUAAAAAUGUAGAGCACAAUGGAAUUAUGCUGGAAGUCUCAAAUAAUAUUUUUUUCCUAUUUUAUACUCAUGGAAGAGAUAAGCUAAAGAGGGGACAAUAAUGAGAAAUGUUGGUGUGCUUUUCUAAGCAUUUAAAACAUAAUUGCCAAUUGAAACCCUAAAUAUGUUUACAUACCAUUAAGAUAUGAUUCACGUAACAAUGUUAAAUUGAUUAUAAUGGGAUUGGGUUUGUUAUCUGUGGUAGUAUAUAUCCUAGUGUUCCUAUAGUGAAAUAAGUAGGGUUGAGCCAAAGCUUUCUUUGUUUUGUACCUUAAAUUGUUCGAUUAUGUCAUCAAAAGAGAUGAAAGGUAUGUAGAACAGGUUCACCUGAUUACCUUUUUCUUUUGGCUUGGAUUAAUAUUCAUAGUAGAACUUUAUAAAACGUGUUUGUAUUGUAGAUGGUGUUCGUAUUAUGCUUAUGACUAUGUAUGGUUUGAAAAUAUUUUCAUUAUACAUGAAAUUCAACUUUCCAAAUAAAAGUUCUACUUCAUGCAAUCCAAAAA